AUGCAGGUCCCCCUGCAGGAACGCGUUGGAGACGUCCAUGGAGCAGAUCUCCAUAUCGUCGCACACACCAACGUUGAGGAGGGUGCGAAGGGUGGGCGGCUUGGCGCCGCCCUGCUGCUGCCCGCGCCCUCGUGCGUGCGCCCUGCUGCUGCCCGCGCCCUCGUGCGUGCGCCCUGCUGCUGCCCGCGCCCUCGUGCGUGCGCCCUGCUGCUGCCCGCGCCCUCGUGCGCCCUGCUGCUGCCCGCGCCCUCGUGCGCCCUGCUGCUGCCCGCGCCCUCGUGCGCCCUGCUGCUGCCCGCGCCCUCGUGCGCCCUGCUGCUGCCCGCGCCCUCGUGCGCCCUGCUGCUGCCCGCGCCCUCGUGCGCCCUGCUGCUGCCCGCGCCCUCGUGCGCCCUGCUGCUGCCCGCGCCCUCGUGCGCCCUGCUGCUGCCCGCGCCCUCGUGCGCCCUGCUGCUGCCCGCGCCCUCGUGCGCCCUGCUGCUGCCCGCGCCCUCGUGCGCCCUGCUGCUGCCCGCGCCCUCGUGCGCCCUGCUGCUGCCCGCGCCCUCGUGCGCCCUGCUGCUGCCCGCGCCCUCGUGCGCCCUGCUGCUGCCCGCGCCCUCGUGCGCCCUGCUGCUGCCCGCGCCCUCGUGCGCCCUGCUGCUGCCCGCGCCCUCGUGCGCCCUGCUGCUGCCCGCGCCCUCGUGCGCCCUGCUGCUGCCCGCGCCCUCGUGCGCCCCUGCUGCUGCCCGCGCCCUCGUGCGCCCUGCUGCUGCCCGCGCCCUCGUGCGCCCUGCUGCUGCCCGCGCCCUCGUGCGCCCUGCUGCUGCCCGCGCCCUCGUGCGCCCUGCUGCUGCCCGCGCCCUCGUGCGCCCUGCUGCUGCCCGCGCCCUCGUGCGCCCUGCUGCUGCCCGCGCCCUCGUGCGCCCUGCUGCUGCCCGCGCCCUCGUGCGCCCUGCUGCUGCCCGCGCCCUCGUGCGCCCUGCUGCUGCCCGCGCCCUCGUGCGCCCUGCUGCUGCCCGCGCCCUCGUGCGCCCUGCUGCUGCCCGCGCCCUCGUGCGCCCUGCUGCUGCCCGCGCCCUCGUGCGCCCUGCUGCUGCCCGCGCCCUCGUGCGCCCUGCUGCUGCCCGCGCCCUCGUGCGCCCUGCUGCUGCCCGCGCCCUCGUGCGCCCUGCUGCUGCCCGCGCCCUCGUGCGCCCUGCUGCUGCCCGCGCCCUCGUGCGCCCUGCUGCUGCCCGCGCCCUCGUGCGCCCUGCUGCUGCCCGCGCCCUCGUGCGCCCUGCUGCUGCCCGCGCCCUCGUGCGCCCUGCUGCUGCCCGCGCCCUCGUGCGCCCUGCUGCUGCCCGCGCCCUCGUGCGCCCUGCUGCUGCCCGCGCCCUCGUGCGCCCUGCUACUGCCCGCGCCCUCGUGCGCCCUGCUGCUGCCCGCGCCCUCGUGCGCUCUGCUCUGCUCGCCCCCUCGUGCGCUCUGUCUUACCCGCGCCCUCGUGCGCUCUGCUCUGCCCGCGCCCUCGUGCGCUCUGCUGCUGCCCGUGCUCUCGUGCGCUCUGCUCUGCCAAUUGCCCUUCGCGGCGGCCCCGUCGACCCGCGCGUCGCUCUGCGGCCCCCUCCCCGCACACCCGAGUUCGCUUUCCGCACAACCGAGGCAGGUGAUGACCUCUUGACAGAUGGAGGGAGUGAAGAUGGUGGGGGUGGAGGUAGCGCCAAGGACGGGAAGGCCAAGGAAGUGAAGGAAGAUGGAGGCAAUGAAAGGAGUGUGGUGCCGAAUGUUGAGGAACUCUUCAUGGGAGUCCUCAAGCAAAUGGAUGGAGGCGGGAGGAGGGGCUCCAAUGAGUCUGUCUAG